GCCUAUUGAUUGCUAUAUGCAACAAUCAUAUGUCCAAUUCAUAGAAGUAUCAGAGCGGCCAUAUUUCGCGUUCUCCGAGUCUGUGAAGCUCAGAGCGCGCGCUACAUCUCCGGUACAAUAUUGCUCAGAUAUGCUAUAUGCCGGCAUGAAUUGACAUCACUCAUUUCCAUAUUAUUAAAUAUCGUAGAUAUUAUCUCGUCUCAGGAGCUAUGGUUAGAGCUGGCGCUGUUGGUCAACUCCAUGCGCCAAAUCCAUGCCGUCAGAGAUCUGCAACAUUCUCUGCCUCACACCCGACCUUCGGCGCUUCCAUACUGAUCAAAGGGCAUAAAUUGAAUCUUGAGAGCUUCUCCAAGCUGCGCAACAGCGGAAGACGGCAUUCAGGACAGAUGCGCCAGCUGAUCAGGCAUGGAGCCAAUGCACUGUUGAGGACUGUCUCCACCAAACAAGCGGAAGCAACCCAUGCGAAGCCAGGGCCUUUCAAGAGGAUUUCAGUGAACCCUGGGACGCCAGAGCCUCUUGGGCCAUCAAAGAUAUCUGAAAGCGCCAAGUCUGGGGUCAACUUUGCACUAUUUUCCGAGCAUGCCACUGCGAUCACGCUGCUCCUGUCGGACAAAGAUGACAAGAACACAGUGGAGAUUGAGCUGGACCCAGCAACCCACCGGACUGGUAACGUCUGGCAUGCAGCUGUGGAGGGCUGCCCUCUGUCUGGAGUCCUCUAUGGAUACAAGGUGGAGGCAUUCUUAAAUGCUGCUGUCUGGUGCCACAGGUGGGACAGCUCAAGGGUCCUUCUGGACCCAUAUGCGCCAUUGGUGAAGGGCCGCGCGGAAUUUGCAAAGCGGGACGACUUUGAGCGCUUUGAGGAGAAGACGGGCAGCCAGUUCAGAGGCACCUUCGAGUUGGACGCCGCUCCAUUUGACUGGGGCAAGGACUACAAAAGGCCAAACCUGGCACCAGAGGACGUCAUCGUGUACGAGAUGGGAGUGCGCUCCUUCACUGCUGAUGAGUCCAGCGGCGUGGGACCUGGAAAGGAGGGCACCUAUGCAGGCCUCAUUGCAAAGAUUCCACACCUGGUGGAGCUGGGCAUCACUGCAGUGGAGGUGCUGCCGGUGUUUGAGUAUGACGAGCUGGAGUUCCAGCGCUCGCCCAACCCGCGCGACCACAUGGUCAACAUCUGGGGCUACUCCCACCUCUCCUUCUUCGCCCCCAUGAGCCGCUUCGGCUCGGGCGGCAAGGGCCCCGCCGCUGCCGCGCGCGAGCUCAAGCAGCUCGUCAAAGCGCUGCACGCUGCCGGCAUUGAGGUUCUCCUGGACGUCGUCUACAACCACACCGUCGAAGGUGGCGAUGACGACCCUUACACAAUGUCAUGGCGGGGCAUCGACAACAAGGUGUACUACAUGGUGGACACCAACCAGUACGUGCAGCUGCUCAACUACUCCGGCUGCGGCAACACUGUCUCCGGCAAUCACCCAGUCACCAAGCAGCUCAUCAUCGACUCCCUCCGACAGUGGGUGGAGGAGUAUCACGUGGAUGGGUUCCGCUUUGACCUGGCGUCGGCGUUGUGCCGGGAUGAGAAGGGCAACCCGAUGGAGGUGCCGCCGCUCAUCCACGACAUUGCCAAGGACCCAGUCCUCAGCAAGGUGAAGCUGAUUGCGGAGCCGUGGGACUGCGGCGGCCUGUACCAGGUGGGCGGUUUCCCCAACUGGGAUGUAUGGGGUGAGUGGAACGGCAAAUACAGGGACGACGUGCGCCGCUUCAUCAAGGGCGACGACGGCACGAAGGCUGCCUUCGCCACCCGCCUCUCCGGCUCGGCAGACCUCUACCACGUCAAUCAGCGGAAGCCGACGCAUGGAGUGAAUUUCAUCAUUGCGCACGACGGCUUCACGCUGUACGACCUGGUGGCCUACAACGAGAAGCACAACGAUGCCAACGGGGAGGGCAACCGCGACGGCUCCAACGACAACUUCUCAUGGAACUGCGGCGCGGAGGGCGAGACAGGGGACGAGGGCAUCAAUGCGCUGCGGCAGCGCCAGAUGCGCAACCUGCACCUCGCGCUCGCUGUGUCCCAGGGCAUGCCCAUGGUCCUCAUGGGUGAUGAGUACGCGCAGACGCGCGGAGGCAACAACAACUGGUACGGACAAGACACCAAGAUGACACGCUUUGAUUGGAACGCAUUGGAGGCCCAGCGCGACACAUUCUUCCGGUACUACAGCGGCCUGCUCAAGUUCAGGAGAGGGCACCCUCUACUGGGCCGGCCAGAAUUUCUGACGCCUGAGGACGUCACAUGGCACGAGGACAACUGGGACAACCCAGAGAGCAAAUUCCUGGCCUUCAGCCUCCAUGACAGGGGCCAGGGCUGUGGGGACCUGUACAUUGCAUUCAAUGCGCACGCAUACGCCAUCACUGUUGGCCUGCCGGGGGGCCUCAGCUGGGUGCGUGUGGUGGACACCAAUCUGCCCUCGCCGCGUGACUUCACCCCAGACAAUGACAAGGUGCUGGCCGGCGACUACACUGUGAACCCCUUCUCCUCCAUCAUGCUCAAGGCUGUGGCUGCUUGAGGCGACUGCAGAUCAUGCCUUGGGAGGAGCGUUCACGGCAAACACAUCGUGUUGUUUUGAAGGCCAAUUUUGCCAACCUUGGGCCCAGAUGAGUGUGUGUGAAUUUAAAAGGAGGCCGUUCGGUUUGCUUUCCACAAGUUUGCUGAAUGGACACAUUGUUGUUUUGUCAUUAAGACAAUACUUGAGAGUAUGAGCCAGACGCCACUGGAUUCAUCACUUGAAUGAUGCAUCUCAAAUAAAACCUCUUCGCUGAAAGAAUUGUAGAAGGAAAACUUCUUAGAGCAAGACUUCCCGUACACAUGAAGGCUUGUCAAUAAGGAAUCUGCGUGCCUUCCAUAAAGAAAAUUGCAACGUGCUUGUGACUUACGGGUUUUCAUUCACAAUCCAGUAGAUGACGCAGGAGAAUUGUUCAAUUAAACAAGCAUAUAAC